UUAAUCUUAAUAGUGAUCAAAACAAUGGCUGCAGAUUCAGAUGAUGCUUUGUACACUUUCUUGGAAAGCCGCAAUGUGAAUACAGAGCUUAUGAAAAAGGAAAAGAUUGACCUAGCUGCAUUACGAGUUAUAGAUGAUAAAGAAUUGUCUAACUUUAUACCACAUUAUGGUGACAGAGCGGCUCUUCGUUCUUAUAUAAAAAAGGAAGAUGACAAAAAAAAGAAAAAAUCAAAAGUUACACUGGUAGCUUCUUUGAGACAGAAGUUAAAAGACAUGAGAAGACCAAAGAAAUCAAAUGCCAAAAAUCAGAUGUCAGAAAGUGAUUCUGAUGUGGAGGAACAUAUUGAAAACACAAUAAAUCCUUAUAAAGGCAAUCAAAAUGCUACAAAAGAGUCUCGUAAAAUUAAACUAGGAAUUAAAUCAAAAUUAGAUGAUACUUUUGUGAAUAUCAGAGUUAAGAAAGGAGGAGGUCCAAGAGACAUUACAGUUAAAAAGUCUUCCAAGAAGAAGGAACUUAUUGAGCAGGCCAAAGAAUUGAACUUUGGUAAAUCUGGUACAAGUAAACUAGGAUGUGUUGAUGACUUCUCUUUUGACAUGCAAAAUUUUGAGGAAGAUAUUCUUGAUGAUGAAAUAAGUGUUGGAAAGCUGUAUGAGCAGACAGGUUUAAGCAAGCUGACAUUUUAUCUUCUUCUCAUUCCUGCAUGUAAAUAUGAAGAUUUGCCAAAAAUACAAAGACCCCUCAAAAGACACAGAACAACAAACAGUAGCACUUCAGAUGAUGAUGAAAACUUGCCAGACCCAAGUGAAGUUGUUAGCUUUGAUAUACUUUCUGAGGCAAUGUUGGCUGCUGAUGUGCCAUUGUGCUUCCAAGAACCAAACAUCAAUCUUGAUUAUGUUGAGGAUUCUUCAUGCAUCAAUACAGUUCCAGCAGCAUGUAACAGCACAAAUCCUGCAUCAUGCAUCAGCACAGUUCAUUCUGAAGAACUUGUUUCCAUAAAUUCUCCAUUAUCUUUAAGAUCUAAUCCCAGUCAGCAUCUUGAAAACUUAGUACCAGCAGCAAUUACAGUGCCUCAAGAAAUUUCACUCAAAACAGAUAAAGUUCUUAGAAUCCAUAGAGUGACCCUGUUGGAUGAAAUGCUUGUUUUCUUUAAAGAUCCAGAGGUAAUGAACAAGAAUAUCACAUUUGAAUUUGUCAGUGAGCAUGGUUCGGAUAUGAAUGGAGUUUCAAGAGAUGCUUAUUCUGCAUUCUGGAUUGAAUUUUUCAGGCGUUCAGCUGAAGGGGAGGAAUCCAGAGUACCUGCCCUGAACUCAAAAUGGCAAGGGGAUGAAUGGCAGGCUAUCGGUAGAAUAUUUGCCAAGGGUUUUGUUGAUCAAAAUGUUUUUCCCAUACAAAUGUCGCCAGUAACUACUAUAGUAGUUUCAUUUGGUGAAGCAUCAGUGACUGAUAAAAUUCUGAAUGAUGCUUUCCUCAGCUACAUCAGCAAAACAGAAAGGGACACUUUAUCCUCAGCUUUGAACAAAGAGACUUUUGAUGAAGAAAUGUUUGAUGACCUGCUAGACUUGUUAGACAGGUUUUCAUGCAAGCAGAGACCCACAAAAGAAAACCUACACAGUCUAUUAAACAAUAUAGCACAUAAAGAGCUCAUCCAAAAACCUAAAUAUGCCACAGACAACAUGGCUCUUGGGUGCAGAGAUGCUUUACUCUCACACUUUCUCUCGGUUGAGAAAAUAUUGAUUACCUAUCAAGAUAUGGAGCCAACACCCAAAAAGGUCUUAAAAAUGAUAGAGGCCAUUCCAAAAGGACACAGUGAGGCAACACCAUUGCGCUAUUUACAGCAGUAUAUAAGAGGUCAAAGUAGUGUAUCAUUGAAAAAACUCUUGCGUUUUCUCACUGGAUCAGAGGCCAUCACAGUUGAUAAAAUAGAGGUGACCUUUACCCAACUAGAGGGGCUUGGUCGAAGACCAAUUGCCCACACGUGUGGUCCUCUCCUAGAGUUGCCCAGUACUUAUUUAAGCUAUCCAGAGCUUAGGAAUGAAUUGGACAGCAUAUUAGCAGAUGAUUCCUGUUUUGUAAUGAAUAUGGCAUAACAAGUUUUUCCAGAUCAAAAUUUGUCCAUUGUUUGUCAUUGCUUUUUCUCCAGAACAGGACCAAUUUUAAACAAACUUUGCACAAAAAUUUGGAUUUUAUAAUAUUCAAGUUUGUUGAAAUUAAGGGCCAUAUCCCUUUCCAAAGGAAGAUAACCGUGAAAUAGUAAAAAUAUUAGUAAUGAAUUAUGAAUGUCUUUUUUCCAAAACCACUGAUGCAAUUCAUAAAAAAAUUAAGGAACUCAUAAUUUUCAGGUGAGUGAUGUGGCCUGUAUGCCUCUGGUCUGUAGAAAGUCUGUUUUUCUCCUUCUACAUAUGUAAAAUAAUUUGUGUGCACAAUGAUUAUGAAUUUAUAGAACCAGGAAUUGAAAUCUAGUUUCAGAGGCAGAGGCUCAAUUCAUU